AUUGAAUUUUGUUAUUUUCGCUUUUUACGCUACACAUGCUGCCCGCCUUCGGAGAACUUAAUUGGAGAGCCAGUCAACUACCAAUCCACGCACCCAUACGCCUUUCACCUUGCUCUAAUCUCUACACUCCCAACUCCAACCUCCAUCGAGAUCCACCUGAAAAUACAUGGACUAUCCCAGCUCCAUUGUUGCCGAAGCCUCCAAUACUGAGCAUGCCCCAUACACUCCCUUGCAGGGGCAGCCCUCCACCGUCGGACCUCCCACAAAACUCCGGCGACCUUUGAAAGUUUUCUCUGUGACGUUUGCCUCCGUCAUUUUCUUAUUGUCAUUGGUGACAUUAAUCAUUAACCAAAGCCGAGAGCCAUUACCAACACCAAACAAGAACCCGUCUCCUUCAACGCCUAAAGCUACGUCAUUUGCGAAAAGGGAGCCAAGGGGCGUGGCCGAAGGAGUAUCAGCCAAGUCAAAUCCAUCAUUUUUCAGUGAUGGAGUCUCCUACAAUUGGACAAACGCUAUGCUUGCUUGGCAAAGAACAGCUUACCAUUUCCAACCCCAGCGAAAUUGGAUGAAUGAUCCUGAUGGUCCAUUAUUCUACAUGGGAUGGUACCAUCUAUUCUACCAAUACAACCCUGAUUCAGCUGUGUGGGGCAACAUCACGUGGGGCCAUGCUGUAUCAAGGGACUUGAUUCACUGGUUUUACCUCCCAUUUGCAAUGGUCCCUGAUCAGUGGUAUGAUACAAACGGCGUGUGGACUGGCUCGGCUACUCUCCUUCCAGAUGGUCAAAUCAUGAUGCUUUACACUGGAGACACCAAUGAUUCAGUGCAGGUGCAAAAUCUCGCGUACCCGGCUAACCUGUCUGAUCCACUUCUUAUUGACUGGAUCAAAUACCCGGGCAAUCCAGUUCUGGUUCCCCCAACAGGAAUUGAAACCGACGAAUUUAGGGACCCGACAACAGGGUGGGUUGGACCCGAUGGAAAGUGGCGGAUCACUAUCGGGUCAAGAAUUAAUGAAACCAUUGGCGUUUCACUUGUGUAUCAAACCACCAACUUCACAACCUACGAGCUGUUAGAAGGGUUCUUACAUGCGGUUCCGGGUACGGGUAUGUGGGAAUGUGUGGACUUUUAUCCGGUUGCAAUAAACGGGUCCCAGGGAUUAGAUACAUCAGCUAAUGGACCGGAUAUUAAGCAUGUGCUAAAGGCUAGUUUGGAUAAUACAAAAGUAGAUUAUUAUGCACUCGGAACCUAUGACCCAGUAACAGAUAGAUGGACACCCGAUAACCCGAAGGAGGAUGUGGGUAUUGGAUUACGGGUGGACUAUGGAAGGUACUACGCCUCAAAGACAUUUUAUGACCAGUACAAGAAAAGGAGGAUUCUAUGGGGUUGGAUCAAUGAAACUGACACUGAAGAAGAUGACUUGGAAAAGGGCUGGGCCUCUGUUCAGACCAUUCCAAGGGCUGUAUUAUUUGACAAUAAGACUGGAACCAAUUUGCUUCAAUGGCCAGUGGAGGAGAUUGAGAGCUUGAGAUUGAACAGUACUGACUUUGAAGAGGUUUUAGUUGAACCUGGUUCAGUAGUCCCGCUGGACAUAGGCAUGGCCGCGCAGCUAGACAUUUUUGUGGAGUUUGAAACAGAAUUGAUAUCAGAUUCGGUGGUUGAAGAAUACGGUUGCAGUGGUGGUGCAGUAGACAGGAGCUCUUUGGGACCAUUUGGUAUCCUGGCUAUUGCAGACCAAACACUUUCUGAACUCACACCUGUGUUUUUCCGUCCUGUCAAUUCAACUGACGGCACUCUCAAGACUUAUUUCUGUGCUGACGAAACAAGAUCAUCAAAAGCUCUUGAUGUCUUUAAGCAAGUUUAUGGAAGCACUGUUCCUGUGCUGGAAGAUGAAAAACUAGGCAUGAGGGUUCUGGUCGAUCAUUCGAUUGUGGAAAGUUUCGCACAAGGAGGAAGAACAGUAAUCACAUCGCGGAUUUAUCCAACAGAAGCAAUCUAUGGAGCUGCAAGGCUGUUCUUAUUCAACAACGCAACUUCUGUGAACGUUAAAGCUACACUCAAGAUAUGGGAGUUGAAUUCUGCCUUUAUCCGUCCGUUUCCAUUUGUUGACAGCAAUUAGAACACUUUUGUUUUGUCAAAUUCGUCCUAUUUGACGUUCCAUUUGAUUGCCAAUGCCCAGAGAUUGCAAAUCCUUGGCCAACCUAUGAUGUAUCAUUUCUUUUUUUUUUUUGGUAAAAAAAUUGUAGGGGUUCCAGUACGUAUGCAAUUUAUUUGCUAAAUUCCGUUUA